AUGAAGUUUUCCUUGCGCUUCUGGUUCCUCUCCACAGCUUUUCUGCUUGUCUUUGUCAUGUCGCUGCUCUUCACUUACUCCCACCACAGCAUGGCUUACCUGGAUCUCAGUGGGCUGAAUGGCCUCCACCGGGUGAAGCUUGUGCCCAGUUAUGCUGGCAUGCAGCGCCUGAGCAAAGAGGGGCUCUUGGUAAAGAGGUGUGCUUGCCACCGGUGCGCCAUCGAGUCCAUUGACACGUCUUGGUUUGACAACCGUUAUGACAGCAACAUCUCCCCAGUGUGGACCAAAGAGAAUGUGGAUUUGCCGCUGGACGUCCAGAGGUGGUGGAUGAUGCUGCAGCCCCAGUUCAAGUCCCACAACCUUAAUGAAGUGUUGAGCAAGCUCUUCCAGAUUGUUCCUGGAGAGAAUCCGUACAGCUCCCGGGAGUCCCAGUCCUGCCGGCGCUGUGCCGUAGUGGGCAACUCAGGGAACCUGCGAGGCUCCAGCUAUGGCCAAGAAAUCAAUGGACAUGACUUCAUCAUGAGAAUGAACCAGGCACCUACAGUGGGCUUUGAGGCAGAUGUUGGGAGCAGGACAACCCACCACUUCAUGUACCCAGAAAGUGCUAAGAACUUGCCUGCCAAUGUCAGUUUUGUUCUGGUGCCCUUCAAAGCCUUGGAUCUGCUGUGGAUUGCCAGCGCCCUCUCAACUGGCCAGAUCCGAUUUACUUAUGCACCAGUGAAGCCAUUCCUUCGGGUGGACAAAGAGAGGGUUCAGAUCUACAAUCCAGCAUUCUUCAAAUAUAUCCAUGACCGGUGGACAGAGCAUCACGGCCGCUAUCCAUCCACAGGCAUGCUGGUGCUGUUUUUUGCACUGCAUGUUUGUGAUGAGGUGAAUGUCUUUGGUUUUGGGGCAGACAGCCAUGGCAACUGGCACCAUUACUGGGAGAACAACCGCUAUGCUGGGGAGUUCCGGAAAACUGGAGUGCACGAUGCAGACUUCGAGGCACAUAUCGUUGACAUCCUGGAGAAGACCAACAAGAUCAGUGUUUAUCGUGGCAACUGA